GUCCGAGAAUUCGAGGCAACGCAUGUCUUCGACGUUCGGGCAUCUAAUAGGCCGCAUCAAGCGGUUUGGAUCAAGCUAAGUGGCGUCAGCGUAAACGUGCCGCGUAGAUACCAGCAGGGACAGUAUAAAAGUAGCCUUCCCCGGAGCAACUUGUUUGAAUCCUCCACCUCACACACUACCCACCGUAGCCCUCUCAACUCCCACGCAUACCUAUCUCUUCGCUAGAACUCCUCGCCAUAAUGAGCGGAGAAGAAGCAUCUUUCGUCCCCUUCAAGGACCAGCCCGAUCUGCACACUCCGGCUCCAUACCGUGCUGCCCAGCUCACAUACCCUGCCAACCUACGACAGGCUCUCAAGGAUGCUCAGGCAGACAAGAGCAAGACACUGCUUGGUGUUGCACAGGGCAUUCCCAAUGUCUUUGUAACCAAGAUCCUUGCCUCGACUAAGCCGGACUUCAUUUGGAUUGAUGUGCAGCACGGCAUCUUCGACCGAUUGACUCUGUUCGACGCCGUCCACGCCGCCCAAGCCCACUCCGAAGGCAAAGCCGCCGUCGUGGUCCGCGUACCCAAGCACGACGAGGUCUCCCUCAUCACUGCCCUCGACGCCGGCGCCUCCGGUAUUGUCAUCCCGGACGUCGAAUCCGCACAGGACGUCAAAGACUUCAUCCAGAAGAUCUACUACGCGCCCAUCGGCAAGCGCUCCUUCUCGCCCUGGAUCUUCACUCCGGGCGUCUCAGACGCGUCCCUCUACCCCAACGACCAGUUCAACAUCGCGACCUCGAACCGCCACGUCUGCGUCAUCCCGCAGGUGGAGACUGUCCGGGGAAUUGAGAAUGUCGACGAGAUUGCGGCCGUGCCCGGGAUCCAUGGGCUGAUGUUUGGCCCUGGUGAUUAUAUGAUUAGUGCGGGAUUGCCGUUGAAGUUGGGCGGUGAGCCGCAUCCGACCUUUGUGGCGGCGAUGACGAAGCUGGUUACCGCAGCGAAGACGAAUGGGUUGGCAUUAUUUGGCGCUGCACAGUCACCAGACAUGGUUCCCGUAUUGAUUCAACAGGGCUACGCGGGUAUUGCUGUGGCGUUCGACUACUGGGGUUUGGCGAGCAUGGUUAAGGAUGCGCUGAACAAGGGCGGCGAGUUCGUGAAGCAGGCUGCCGGGACGGAGACGCCCUAAGGCGGCAGAGUGGACGACGAUGUUACGAUACCCAUAUCAAAUGCACCGCAUUGCUCAAGUCAAGAAACGAGUGCCUUUCUGUGAGCCUGUCUGGAUAUAAUGAGACCAUUGGUUGGGAAGCGAUAGACCUCAUUAGUAAGGCACAGGUCUCGAGAAGCAUGUUAGAUAUGUUGGUUAUGGCUAGGGCACCGAAUCAUGUAUAUGAGUCGGCCUGUAAUUACUCAUUGGUGUGAUAGGCGAGAUAUAGC